AUGCCUCCAAAACGCUCAAAAGGUGUAACAUUUAAACUCGUCCACCAGCCAUAUGAUGACGCGGAGAACACCGGAGGGCGUAAAGCCAUAAUGGUGGAAGAGCGAAUAGUGCGUCAGCAUUUACCGGCAUCGGGUUCAGGACGCGGACGCCGUCAGCGGGAUGAUGAUGACAGCUUUUGUGAUGAUGGAGGAGCCUCUAUGUCAACUGUAAGUCGUUGGGCACAAGAAUGGGAUGAGACAUCGGCACCAACUGAACGUAACGCAGGAAUGUUAGAAGGUGAAGAGGAUUACUUAAAUAGGCACAACUUUCUUUUGGCACAGGACCCUGAUGAUGAUGAUGAUAAUAAUAAUAAUAAUAAAAAUAAAAAUGAUGAAUGUGCUGAUGAUGGCGGCUAUGAGGAUAUUAGUGAUAAUGACGGUGGUGCAUGUGAAGGAGUUACUAAGAAGUCUAGAAGUGAAGCCGCUGACGGUGAGGAGGAAAGUAGUGACGAUAAAUUGUUUGAUGACCAGGAGGAAGGUGAAGUAACGGAUGAGUUUCUGAGACAGUUGGUUUUUGGCGGAGAAGACGAUGAUUUGGAUGUUGACAGGCGCCGAUGUGGUGAUGAUGAUGAUGAUGAUGAUGACGGCAAUGAUGACGGAAGUACAAACCGUGACAACGUCCCGGCAAGUUUUGUGCCACAUGACACGACACGGCGUGCGAUUGACCGCCAGUUCACACAACUGAUGCGUGAGUUCACCGUUGAUGAGAGGUUAAAUGACGCUUAUACCGAUGACCCGCGGACGCAAGGUGCGCUAGACGCUGACCAGUACCUCCGCGCUAUGGAAGAGUUUGUCGUUGAGCGUGCCGGUAUUGAUUAUAGAACUGCUGAGCCAAUGCGAAAUAAGGGCCUUAUUCACCAGCUAAAGAGCAUGGCAUACGGCGUUCCAACCGACAUGACGGCUUCGGGUGAUGUAAUCACAACGACAAUUUUGCCUGACAAAAAAAUACGUUUCGCAACGGAAUUUAAACGGGAGACAGAGGAGAUCCGGAGAGCCGCUCGGGAGCGUAUAUUGCGCCGUCAGGCUGAGGCUCAGAAGAACGCUGCGGACGGUGAAGUGAAAAUAGGUCAUGAUAGCAUGGGCGCUAGUGAAGAAAUGGAUGAUGAUUGUAAUCACGAUGAUGGCACAUUUCAGGUGAGGAAUGCUGCAAAAGCGAAUAACUCAUCAGAAUGUGGCAGCGAGUCGCAGGAGGAGGAGGAGGAGGGGGAAACAUAUGUUGUGCGGAGGAUCGUAGAUAAGUCCAACCGCCUUGAUUGCGAGACAGUUUUAUCAACUUACUCCACGUACUUCAAUCAACCUAACGUCAUACGGGCCCCAGACGCGGGAAAGAAGCGGAAGGGUAAAAAAGUUACUCAACCGCACCGUGACAAUAAUGAGGGUGAUGACAUGUCGCAGGAGGUGCCGGACUUGAGCACGUCGGUGUUGUCCUUAGCGAAAGGAAAGAAUGAAUCGAAGGAGGAGAAAAAGAUGCGAAAGCAGUUGGUAAAGGAUCUGAAGCGCGAACGCCGUGGGAAGAAGAAGGAACUUCGACAAGUGUACAAGACAAUGGAGGCUGAAGAAGCCCGCCGUGUGAAGGAGUCGCAAACGGCGAGGAAGACAUUGUCCUUCUUGUAA